AUGUCCAACUUUGACCAGGCUAACUCAUCCUCUUUUUCACAACUCUCUGAAGCUUCAAACUCAACAAAAAAACGCACUCUGCAGGAUUUACAAUCAAACGCCAACCCAGCCACAGAUUUUAUUAAUGACUCUACAAUCAGCACCAAUUUAUUCUCUGUAGAAGCAAAGCGAAUACUCCUCAAACAUCUUGGCUCGAUCGUUUUGGAGAAAAAAGGUCCAAUAGAUCCUGUAUACGGUUUGACGCAAGGGGAGGUGAAUGCCAUUAGAAGUGCAGUGGCUUUGACGAAAAAAGAGAUAGCUUCGCGGUCUACAAACGAUUAA